AAAAUGCUGUUCAAGAGUGUUUUGGUUCUCUCGGGUGCCGUGCGGUCUCUCGCGGCGGCGGUACCGCAGUCCAGUUACGAGUACCCGCGUCCUUUGGUCAGCUCGAAGCCGUUCCAGGAUCUUGUCACCACUGAAGGUCUCUGGGGCAAUCUUGUCAAGCUCGACGAAAUCGCAAAAGCCAAUGGCGGCAACCGCGCUUUCGGAUUCCCAGGCUAUGCAGCCUCAGUUGACUACAUUCUCUCCCGCACCAAGAACUCGACAAACUUCCGAACCUGGACGCAGGACUUCCCCGCACUGUUCCAGUACGUUGAGUCUAUCAGCUUCAAAGUCGAUGACUCGCCGUACACCGUGAUUGGGCUUUCGUACUCGCCCUCCACCAGCGCAGAGGGGGUCACACUGCCGCUAGUGUUGGGCGCUACUGGGGAUAUAGGAUGCACGAUCGAGGGGUAUUCGAACUUGGAUGUAGCCGGUAAGAUUGUGCUUGUACAACGAGGAACGUGCCCUGAUGGCACGAGCUUCGCGGGCAGGAUGAAGCCUGCUGCUGCUGCUGGUGCCGCCGCAGUCAUCCUUUACAACAACGUCGAGACGCCCGUCACAGCUGGUACUUUGAGCAAACCCAACCCUGAGGAGUAUGUGCCCACUGGAUUCAUCAACUUGUCGGAUGGACAGGCUCUUGUCGAUCGCAUUGCGGCUGGUGAGGAGAUCACCGCGUACUUCCAGCAGACUCAGAUCAUCGAGACAAAGAUCACGCAAAACGUCUUCACGGAAACCAUCGACGGAGACCCGGAGAACGUCAUCAUGCUCGGUGGCCAUCUCGACAGCGUGGUAGCAGGCGCCGGAAUUAACGAUGACGGUUCCGGAUCCAGCCUCGUCUUGGAGCUCAAGACGGCUCUCGAAAGGUUUCGCGUCAAGAACAAAGUCCGCUUCGCAUGGUGGGGCGCGGAGGAGAACGGCCUGCUUGGAUCCAAGUACUACACUGCGAAUCUCAAUGUUUCUGAAGCCAACAACAUCCUUACGUACCUCAACUUCGACAUGGUGUCUCGCGGAUACUUUGGCGUUUUCGAUGGCGAUGGCAGUACCCACGGACUUGUCGCUCCUCCGGGCAGCGAGUGGAUCGAGAAGACAUUUGUGGACGACAUGACGAAGAAGGGUAUUAACGUUACCGCGGCAAGAUUCACUGGUGGCAGCGACUACCAGUCGUUCUUCAAUAUUGGCAAGCCAGUAGGAGGACUCCACACUGGUACGGGCGUCGAGCAAGACCCGUGCUACCACCAGGCUUGUGAUACAAUUGAGAAUCCCAACGCCACGACAUUGACGGUCAAUGCAAAGGCUGCUGCACAUGUCCUAUCGAUUCUGGCGACGCGCGGAACGGAAUUUAUUCCCAAGAGCCCCAUAAACGCGACCAUGACCGCGCGUGGACUGAUGGGCAGGGAUAUCGAGUGGACGAUUGAUGAGGAGGAUAGGCAUCUUGGUACGUGCGGUAACAACGUUUAA